AGGACGCAUUCAGCAGAGAUAACGCCGCUCAGCCUGCUCUCACCUGGACUUUCACUACCAUGGACUUAACCGAGGAUAGCGCGGUGGAAAUUAUCCUGUGCUGACCCACUUCUUCUCACGGUUCUCUCUCCGUCCAUCUUUGACGCCUUCAUUUCUGCCAGGUGCAGUCACACACCUGAGGAAACAUGUCGGACAAGAUGUCCAGUUUCCUCCAUAUUGGGGACGUUUGUUCCCUUUAUGCCGAGGGCUCCACCAGUGGAUUUAUCAGCACUUUAGGGCUUGUGGACGACCGCUGUGUGGUGCAACCCGACACUGGAGACCUCAACAACCCACCCAAGAAAUUCAGAGACUGCCUUUUCAAACUGUGUCCUAUGAACAGAUACUCGGCACAGAAACAGUUCUGGAAAGCGGCGAAACCCGGAGGAAACAGCACCACCGACACUCUCCUCCUCACCAAACUCCACCAUGCUGCUGACCUGGAGAAGAAGCAGAAUGAGUCUGAAAACCGCAAGCUGCUGGGAACAGUCAUCCAGUAUGGAAAUGUCAUUCAGUUGCUGCAUUUGAAAAGCAACAAAUACCUGACAGUGAAUAAGCGCCUACCUGCACUGCUGGAGAAGAAUGCCAUGAGGGUGACUCUGGACUCGGCGGGAAAUGAGGGAUCCUGGUUCUACAUCCAGCCUUUCUACAAGCUGCGGUCCCUGGGAGACAGUGUGGUGAUUGGAGAUAAAGUAGUCCUUAACCCUGUGAAUGCGGGUCAGCCUCUUCAUGCCAGCAGCCACCAGCUAGUGGACAACACAGGAUGCAAUGAGGUCAAUUCUGUCAAUUGCAACACGAGUUGGAAAGUUACUCUCUUCAUGAAAUGGAGUGACAACAAGGAGACGAUACUUAAAGGGGGCGAUGUAGUGCGGUUGUUCCACGCAGAGCAGGAGAAGUUCCUCACUUGUGACGACCACAGGAAGAGCCAGCAUGUUUUCCUCAGAACAACCGGCCGUCAGUCUGCCACCUCUGCCACCAGCAGCAAAGCAUUGUGGGAAGUGGAGGUGGUCCACCAUGACCCCUGCAGGGGGGGCGCUGGCUACUGGAACAGCCUGUUCAGGUUCAAGCACCUGGCCACAGGCUGUUACAUGGCUGCGGAGAUGGGUGAGGUGAAUCAGGACUUUGAGGAGGAGAGUGCUGAGCAGCGUUCCUCAGUGGUGGACUUUUCACCCUUUAAUUUCCAGCUGGAUGCGGAUAAUGAAGCUUUACGGGGUCGUCUGCGAGCUCCACAGGAGAAGAUCAUGUACACUCUGGUGCCGGUUCCCGACGGCAUGGACAUCUCCUCCAUCUUUGAGCUGGACCCCACCACUCUGAGAGGAGGGGACUCCAUGGUGCCCAGGAGCUCCUAUGUGAGGCUGAGACACCUGUGCACCAACACGUGGGUCCACAGCACCAACAACCCCAUCGACAAAGAGGAAGAGAAGCCUGUUAUGUUACGAAUUGGAACCUCAGCAGUAAAAGAAGACAAGGAGGCUUUUGCCAUCGUACCGGUGCCGCCAGCUGAAGUGCGUGAUUUAGACUUUGCCAAUGAUGCGAGUAAAGUGUUGGCCUCCAUCGCUGGGAAGCUCGAAAGGGGCACCAUUACACAGAAUGAGAGAAGGUUUGUGACCAAGCUCCUGGAGGAUCUAGUUUUCUUCGUGGUGGACAUCCCCAACAGUGGGCAGGAUGUUUUGGAGAUCAUGGUUAACAAACCCAACAGAGAGAGACAGAAACUCAUGAGAGAGCAGAACAUCCUGAAGCAGAUUUUCAAACUCCUCCAAGCCCCUUUCACAGACAGUGGCGAUGGUCCCAUGCUGCGGCUGGAGGAACUCGGAGACCAACGUCACGCUCCGUUCAGACACAUUUGCAGGCUCUGCUACAGAGUGUUACGCCAUUCCCAGCAGGAUUACAGGAAGAACCAGGAAUACAUAGCCAAACAAUUCCGCUUCAUGCAGAAACAGAUAGGAUACGAUGUGCUGGCAGAAGACACCAUCACAGCUCUGCUCCACAACAACAGGAAGCUGCUGGAGAAACACAUCACUGCUGCCGAGAUAGACACCUUUGUGACUCUAGUGAGGAAGAACCGGGAGCCGAGGUUUCUGGACUACCUCUCAGAUCUCUGCGUGUCCAUGCAGAAGUCCAUCCCUGUGACACAGGAGCUCAUCUGCACCGCUGUGCUGGACCCCUCCAAUGCUGACAUCCUUAUCGAAACAAAGUUGGUCCUGUCGAGGUUUGAGAUCGAGCCGGUGGUAAAUGGAGAGAGUCCGUUGGAGGCCGAGGAUGAGGAGGAGGUCUGGCUGUUCUGGAAAGACAACUGUAAGGAGAUCCGGAGUAAGAGCGUCAGGGAGUUAGCUCAGGAUGCUAAGGAGGGCCAGAAGGACGACCAGGAGGUGGUCAGCUACUACAGGUGCCAGCUGAACCUCUUCGCCCGGAUGUGUCUGGACCGUCAGUACCUGGCCAUCAACAAGAUCUCGGGUCAGCUGGAUGUGGAUCUGAUCCUGCGCUGCAUGUCGGAUGAGGAUCUUCCCUUCGACCUGCGAGCGUCCUUCUGCCGCCUCAUGCUGCACAUGCAUGUGGACCGAGACCCUCAGGAGCAGGUCACGCCUGUCAAAUACGCCCGUCUGUGGUCGGAGAUCCCCUCUCAGAUUGCUAUUGAUGACUACGACAACGAUGGGACCACCAGGGAUGAGAUCAAAGAGCGCUUCUGCCUCACAAUGGAUUUUGUGGAGAACUACUUGAGGGAGGUGGUGUCACAGAACAUCCCCUUCGCCGACAGGGAGAAGAACAAACUAACCUUUGAGGUAGUGAACCUGGCGAGGAACCUCAUAUAUUUCGGUUUCUACAACUUCAGCGACCUGCUCCGACUGACCAAGAUCUUACUGAACAUUUUAGACUGCGUUCAUGUAAACACCAUUUACCCCAUCAACAAGAUGGAGAAGGGAGAGGAAAACAAAGCUGGCAGUAAUGUGAUGAAGUCCAUCCAUGGAGUCGGGGAGCUGAUGACUCAGGUGGUGCUGCGAGGAGGCGGCUUGUUGCCCGCAACGCCAGCUCAUCAGCCGGAGGGAGACGUGGUGAAACCUCAGGUGGAACCAGAGAGAGAGGACAUCAUGGUCAUGGAUACCAAGCUCAAAGUCAUCGAGAUUCUGCAGUUCAUUUUGAAUGAACGGCUAGACUACAGGAUCUCCUGCCUGCUGUGUAUAUUCAAACGUGAAUUUGAUGAGAACAACCCACAAGACGCCUCCAACGGCUCCAAUAAUGUCACAGGAAAUUUUGACUUUGAGAACAUUGAAGAACAGGCCGAGGGGAUUUUCGGCGGAAGUGAGGAGAACACUCCACUAGAUCUGGAUGACCACGGAGGUCGUACAUUCCUGAGGGUCCUGCUGCACCUGACCAUGCACGAUUACCCUCCUCUGGUGUCUGGAGCUCUCCACCUGCUCUUCAGACACUUCAGCCAGAGGCAGGAGGUGCUCAUGGCCUUCAAACAAGUCCAGCUGCUGGUGACCAGUCAGGAUGUGGAUAACUACAAGCAGAUCAAGUCCGAUCUGGACCAGCUGCGCUCCAUCGUAGAGAAGUCCGAGCUGUGGGUUUAUAAGAGGCAAGGAGAAGACGGGAUGGACGGAGACGGACCCUCAGAGUCUGACAACAAAAAGAAGGGAGACUCCCCUGGUUCAGACAAGAAGGACUCAGAAAGCACCAGCAGUUACAACUACAGGGUUGUAAAAGAGAUUCUGCUGCGUCUCAGUAAGCUGUGUGUCCAGGAGGGCAGCUCAGGGAAGAAGAGCAGGAAGCAGCAGCAGAGGCUUCUGAGGAACAUGGGAACUCACAGUGUCGUGCUGGAGCUCCUGCAGAUCCCCUAUGAGAAGGGGGAGGACGUCAGAAUGGAGGAGAUCAUGAAACUGGCUCAUGAGUUCCUACAGAAUUUCUGUGCAGGAAAUCAGCAGAAUCAAAUUCUUAUGCACAAACACAUCAACUUGUUUCUCAACCCAGGGAUUCUCGAGGCCAUCACCAUGCAGCACAUCUUCAUGAAUAACUUCCAGCUGUGCAGUGAGAUCAACGAGCGAGUGGUGCAGCACUUUGUCCACUGCACCGAGACGCACGGGCGACACGUGCAAUAUCUCAAGUUCCUGCAGACCAUCGUAAAGGCCGAGAACAAGUUCAUCAAGAAGUGUCAGGACAUCGUGAUGGCCGAACUGGUGAACUCGGGCGAGGACGUCCUGGUGUUCUACAACGACCGGGCCUCCUUCCAGACCCUGGUCCAGAUGAUGCGUUCAGAGCGGGACCGCAUGGAUGAAAACAGCCACCUGAUGUACCACAUCCACCUGGUGGAGCUGCUGGCCGUCUGCACGGAGGGAAAGAACGUCUACACCGAGAUCAAGUGCAACUCCCUGCUGCCCCUGGAUGAUAUCGUACGGGUGGUCACACAUGAAGACUGUAUCCCUGAGGUGAAGAUUGCCUACAUCAACUUCCUGAACCACUGCUAUGUGGACACAGAGGUGGAGAUGAAGGAGAUUUACACCUCCAACCAUAUGUGGAAGCUGUUUGAGAACUUCCUGGUGGACAUCUGUCGGGUGUGCAACAACACCAGUGACAGGAAGCAUGCAGAUACCAUACUGGAGCGUUACGUAACGGAGACGGUCAUGAGCAUCGUCACAUGUUUCUUUAGCUCUCCUUUCUCUGACCAGAGCACCAGCCUGCAGAUGGCUCGCCGCAUAUAUGACGCCAUGCUUGGAAAGAUGACAGAGACCCGUCAGCCAGUAUUUGUGCAACUUCUCCAAGGAGUAUUCAGGGUGUACCACUGUAACUGGCUUAACCCUGUGCAGAAGGCCUCAGUGGAGGCUUGCAUUAAAGUUCUCUCAGACGUUGCUAAAAGCAGAACCAUUGCCAUCCCGGUGGACUUGGACAGUCAGGUGAACAACUUGUUCGUCAAGUCCAAUAAUGUCGUGCAGAAGAGCAUCCUGAGCUGGAGACUUUCUGCUAAGAACACAACGAGACGAGACUCGGGCCUGACCUCCUCCAAAGACUACAGAAACAUCAUUGAGAGGCUACAGGACAUCGUGUCAGCGCUGGAGGACAGACUGAGGCCUCUGGUGCAGGCCGAGCUCUCUGUGCUGGUGGACGUCCUCCAUCGUCCUGAGCUGCUCUUCCCCGAGAACACAGAAGCUCGCAAGAAAUGUGAAAGUGGAGGAUUCAUAUCGAAGCUGAUCAAACACACCAAGCAGCUGCUGGAGGAGAACGAGGAGCGCCUGUGCAUCAAAGUGCUGCAGACACUGAGGGAAAUGAUGACGAAAGACCGGGGCUAUGGGGAAAAGCUGAUUGCCUUUGAUGAUGAGAUGGAUGUGGCUGAGCUGGCACCUCCACCCGAGCCUGAAGUCCCUGCUGAGGAGCUUGAUCCCAACCAGCCCCAGAAGCAACUGGAGGAUCAAAGGAGGGGCGAAGCUCUGCGGCAGAUCUUGGUCAAUCGAUAUUACGGGAACGUGAAAUCUGGCCCGAGGAGAGAUAGCCUCACAACCUUCAGCAACGGCCCACUUGCUGUUGCAGCGCCGGGGAAAACACCUACAGUUGUCAGCUCCGGGGUGGGAGGUCGAGGGGAGCUGAGUCUGGCCGAGGUCCAGUGCCACCUGGACAAAGAAGGGGCUUCUGACCUGGUCAUCGACCUCAUCAUGAACGCCACCAGCGACCGCAUCUUCCAGGAGAGCAUCCUAUUGGCCAUCGCUCUGCUGGAGGGGGGCAACACGGUCAUUCAGAAAUCUUUCUUCCAACGUUUAACGGGGGACAAUAAGUCAGAAAAAUUCUUCAAGGUGUUUUAUGAGCGCAUGAAGCUGGCGCAGCAGGAGAUCAAAGCCACGGUGUCGGUCAACACCAGCGACCUCGGCAGCAAGAAGAAGGAAGAGGAGCCGCCAGACAAAGACACGCCAUCACGCAAUAAAGUCAAAGACGUGCCGGUGGUUGCCGUGGUGACAGAGGAGGUGAAGGAGCAGCUGGUGGAGGCCACCGUCGUCACCAAGAAGGCCUUCACCACGUACCGCCGCGAGGCCGAAGCCGAAGAGAACCAAGCGGCCGCCGACGGCACCCCCGUCCCGCCGGCCGACAAGAGCCAGGAGGAGGGAGAGAUGAGCGUCAUCAUCACCAUCAUGCAGCCCAUCCUGCGCCUCAUGCAGCUGCUCUGCGAGAACCACAACAGAGACCUGCAGAACUUUCUGCGCAACCAGAACAACAAGAACAACUAUAACCUGGUGUGUGAGACUCUUCAGUUCCUGGACUGUAUCUGUGGGAGCACCACAGGGGGGCUGGGGCUGCUGGGACUUUAUAUCAACGAGAAGAACGUAGGACUCAUCAACCAGACGGUGGAGAGCCUGACGGAGUACUGCCAGGGGCCCUGCCACGAGAACCAGAACUGCAUUGCCACUCAUGAAUGCAAUGGCAUUGACAUCAUCAUCGCUCUCAUCCUCAAUGACAUCAACCCCCUCGGCAAGAAGAGGAUGGAUCUGGUGCUGGAGCUCAAAAAUAAUGCCUCCAAGCUCCUUCUUGCAAUUAUGGAGAGUCGCCAUGACAGCGAGAACGCAGAGAGGAUCCUGUACAACAUGAGGCCCAAAGAGCUGGUGGAAGUGAUCAAAAAGGCCUACAUGCAGGGGGAGAUCGAGGUGGAGGAGCCGCAGGAGGGGGAGGACGGAGAGGAUGAGCACGCUGCCUCCCCACGCAACGUCGGGCAUAAUAUCUACAUCUUAGCGCAUCAGUUGGCGCGUCACAACAAGGAGCUGCAGGCGAUGCUGAAGCCGGGGGGAACGUACGGAGAGGGCGACGAGGCCCUGGAGUUCUACGCCAAACACACGGCGCAGAUUGAGAUUGUCCGUCUGGAUCGCACCAUGGAGCAGAUCGUGUUCCCCGUGCCAAACAUCUGCGAGUUCCUCACAAACGAGUCCAAGCUGCGUGUUUACUACACCACGGAGCGCGACGAGCAAGGCAGUAAGAUCAAUGACUUCUUCCUGAGCUCCGAGGAUCUCUUCAAUGAGAUGAAUUGGCAGAAGAAGCUGCGAGGCACCCAAGAGGCAACUGGAGACGCAAACACGGUUCCCUCUCAGCCCAUCCUGUACUGGUGUUCCAGGAACAUGUCCUUCUGGAGCAGCAUCUCCUUCAACCUGGCUGUCCUCAUGAACCUGCUCGUGGCCUUCUUCUACCCUCUGGAGGGCGUCCGAGGAGGUACCCUGGAGCCCCACCUCUCUGCCCUGCUGUGGAUGGCCAUGCUGGUUUCUCUGGCCAUCGUCAUCGUGUUUCCUCAGCCUCACGGUAUCCGGGCGCUCAUCGCCUCCACCAUCCUGCGCCUCAUCUUCUCUGUCGGCCUGGAGCCCACGCUGCUGCUGCUGGGGGGCUUCAAUUUGUGUAACAAGAUAAUCUUCCUGACGAGCUUCGUGGGAAACCGGGGAACCUUCACACGGGGCUACCUGGCCAUGGUCAUGGAUGUGGAGUUCCUGUACCACCUGCUCUACCUGAUCAUCUGCAGCCUGGGGGUCUUCGUUCAUGUCUUCUUUUACAGCCUGCUGCUCUUUGAUCUGGUGUACCGAGAGGAGACCUUGCUGAACGUAAUAAAGAGUGUGACCCGCAAUGGCCGCUCCAUUCUCCUGACAGCCGUGCUGGCUCUUAUCCUCGUCUACCUCUUCUCCAUCGUGGGCUACAUCUUCUUCAAAGACGACUUCAUUCUGAAUGUCGACAGGAUACCCAACAAAACACUAGAGCAUGGAGCCAGUAUGGUGGGAGAGUUAUUCUCUGGUGGAGUCUGCCGGAAAGAGAAUGGGGAGAACUGUUCCACAGAGGCUGUGAGGCAAGCUACUGUUGCCAUCCAGCCGUCGGCGGUGGUGAUCGAGGACAAGGAGCGGUCAUGUGACUCGCUGCUCAUGUGCAUUGUCACGGUGCUGAGUCACGGCCUGAGGAGUGGAGGAGGUGUUGGGGACGUCCUGAGGAAGCCAUCCAAAGAGGAGCCUCUUUUCGCAGCCCGGGUGAUCUACGACAUGCUCUUCUUCUUCAUGGUCAUCAUCAUCGUCCUCAACCUCAUCUUUGGUGUCAUCAUCGACACAUUUGCCGACCUGAGGAGUGAGAAGCAGAAGAAAGAGGAAAUCUUAAAGACAACCUGUUUCAUUUGCGGAUUGGAGAGAGACAAGUUUGACAAUAAGACGGUCACCUUCGAAGAACACAUCAAAGUGGAGCACAACAUGUGGCACUACUUGUUCUUCAUCGUCCUAGUGAAGGUGAAGGACUCCACAGAGUACACCGGCCCGGAGAGCUACGUGGCCGAAAUGAUGCGGGACCACAACCUGGACUGGUUCCCUCGGAUGCGGGCCAUGUCCCUGGUGAGCAGCGAUGCGGACGGGGAGCAGAACGAGAUCCGCAGCCUGCAGGAGAAGCUGGAGUCCACCAUGAAGCUGGUGUGCAACCUGUCAGGACAGCUGACGGAGCUCAAAGAGCAGAUGACCGAACAGAGGAAGCAGAAGCAGCGGAUUGGUCUGCUGGGACACCCUCAGCACAUGAACGCCAACCCCCAGCAGCCCGCGUAAGGUUGAGUGACGGCUCUGCAUAUAACGCGUACCGCACUGAGUGUAAUCCAUAAUAACGGUAGGGAAACACUGUACCAUAGGUAGUCAUAAGGCGAUGUGUAGCUCUACCCCACGCAAAAAAAAGUGACGCUCACUCACCUCGUUCUGUUCAGUCCGGUCGGAAAAACGGUGCCAAAAGUUUUCUACGUAGAAAAAAAGAAAAUUGGGAUUUCUCAACACAUGGCCUUUACUGGUUGAACUUGAUGAACUGGACAGGAGGAUAUUUAGUCCCAUUUUAAUGUUUUCUAUUCUGGGCAGUAUUAAAUGUCUUAUUUUUGUAUGUGGUGCAAUAUAUAAUAACUUAAAUAUGCAACCUCAUUGGUGUGUUGAUUCAAUCGAUCAUGUCUUAUUUAAAAGCCAAUUUGUUUCUGUUUCUCUGGAUUAAAUAGGGAGUAGUUGUCUUUGCUUACUCAAAUAUAGAGAUAAUACUAUAUAAGCUGGCCUCCUUAAUUACAUCUACCACCCUCUAUAGAGAUAGUUAUUUAUUGUGUGAGAGCAAUAGUGUAAAUCAAGUGUUUUCAUAUCUCACUGCUAACUUAUUUUAUGGUAAAUUUGCUUUCUUGUUUAAUUCAGUUCCAAAGGACAUUUAGAAUGUGUGAUUUAUUCAGUAUCACUCACGCUAUUACAAAAUGCUCAGGAGUAUGUUACUGUAAUAAACUUCAUUAGCAUAAUGUCCAGCAAACAUGUUCCACUGUGCCUGUUUCUGUCUUUGUUUAAAGUCUGACACAUGUUUGCUGAGUCUCUAACUUUUAUUUUAAUUUUCUCUAAAAUGUAUUAGUUGGUUUUCAUGCUGCUUUUUUUUUUUGACUACUAUGUGUACAUAAAGUUUGCUGCUUAUCUUCGCUUUUGUAUAGAAAACGAGUUGGAGAAAAAACAACUGAAUGAUAAGAUUAACUAAAGAUCUAAGCACUGUCUAUUUGUAUAUUAAAGUAGAAUUAUUUAUUAAAAUUGAUGUAAUUAUCCUUAAA